GAUCCGAAUCGAUCCGCUCCGCUUUCACCUCCCAAAAAUCCCACCCGCCCCUCGUCGGUCCAACUCCCACAACUCAAACGCCGCCGCCGAGCGCCGGCGAGAAGAAACCGCGGCGCCACCGCGGCGAUGGACGCCUCGGCCGGCGGCGGCGGCAACUCCCUGCCGACCACCGGCGCGGACGGGUCGAAGCGGCGCGUCUGCUACUUCUAUGACGCGGAGGUGGGAAACUACUACUACGGGCAGGGCCACCCGAUGAAGCCGCACCGCAUCCGCAUGACCCACGCGCUGCUCGCCCACUACGGCCUCCUCGACCAGAUGCAGGUGCUCCGCCCACACCCCGCCCGCGACCGCGACCUCUGCCGUUUCCACGCCGACGACUACAUCGCCUUCCUCCGCUCCGUCACCCCCGAGACGCAGCAGGACCAGAUCCGCGCGCUCAAGCGCUUCAACGUCGGCGAGGACUGCCCCGUCUUCGACGGCCUCUACAACUUCUGCCAGACCUACGCGGGGGGCUCCGUCGGCGGCGCCGUCAAGCUCAACCACGGGCAUGACAUCGCCAUCAACUGGGCCGGCGGCCUCCACCAUGCCAAGAAGUGCGAGGCAUCCGGAUUCUGCUAUGUCAACGACAUCGUCCUGGCCAUCCUCGAGCUCCUCAAGUACCACAACCGCGUUCUUUAUGUGGAUAUUGAUAUCCACCACGGGGACGGCGUGGAGGAGGCUUUUUACACCACGGACCGGGUGAUGACGGUCUCAUUCCACAAGUUUGGGGAUUAUUUCCCGGGCACAGGGGACAUUCAAGACGUUGGGCACAACAAGGGGAAGUAUUACUCCCUGAAUGUCCCGUUGGAUGAUGGCAUUGAUGACGAGAGCUACCAGUCGUUGUUCAAGCCCAUCAUGGCCAAGGUGAUGGAGGUCUUCCGCCCUGGCGCGGUGGUGCUCCAGUGUGGUGCGGAUUCUUUGUCGGGCGACAGGUUGGGCUGUUUCAACCUAUCUAUUAAGGGACAUGCGGAAUGCGUGAGAUUCAUGAGGUCCUUCAAUGUCCCGCUGCUGCUGCUUGGUGGCGGUGGGUAUACCAUCAGAAAUGUUGCACGAUGUUGGUGCUAUGAGACAGGGGUUGCACUUGGUCAUGAGCUCACCGACAAGAUGCCUCCUAAUGAGUAUUAUGAGUAUUUUGGUCCAGAUUAUACGCUACAUGUUGCUCCAAGUAACAUGGAGAAUAAAAACGCAUGGCAUCAAUUGGAUGAUAUAAGAUCAAAACUUCUCGAUAAUCUUUCAAAACUCCGACAUGCUCCUAGUGUCCAAUUUCAAGAGCGACCUCCAGAGGCUGAGUUACCUGAGAAAGAUGAAGAUAUGGAGAAUCCUGAUGAAAGACAUGAUGCUGGUUCUGAUAUGGAAAUGAACGAUGCCAAGCCUCUGGAGGACUCCGGAAGGAGGAGCAGUAUACAGAGUGUAAGAAUGAAGAAAGAAUCUGCUGAGGCAGAGGCAACAGAUCAGGAUGUUAAUAGAGUAGCUGCAGAACAUUCAAAAGGCACUGGACUGGUGGCUGAUGGAGUUGGUUCCUCAAAACAAACCAUCCCAAAUGAUCCAAGUUCAAUGGCCAUAGACGAACCAGGUGCUUUGAAAGUUCAACCAGAGAGCUCAAACAAAUUGCAGGACCAACCAACAACGUACCAGAAACCAUGAUCGGACACCUUAACUUAGUAACUGAUGUCAUCUGUAGCCUGUUGAUUCUUUUGUGCAAGUUCAAUGCCCGGAGAUGUUUUGCGCACUGCAUUUGUGAUUCCGGCAUAUGCAGAUGAUGGUCGAUUCUCCAUGGCAAUUUUAUCCUAAACCCCCAGCUGCUGUAGAGGAAUUGAUGUUGCGAUUCAAUAUAUUCUGGACCCCAUCAAACAGUCUUGACGUAGAUGACAGGUGCAGGCGACUUUGUAAUGUGUAGCUAGGUGAAAGCUCUGUUGGUGGGAGCUGUUCUCUUCCCCAUCCCUGGUACAUGAGGAUUUCUAGCAACCUAGGAUUAGAGCUCUGUGGUAGCCUAUUUAUUUUAAAAUGUUGUUUCCACAAAUGCUAGUUUAUUUAUGGAUCGUGGCUAACAGCAGUUUUCUUAUUUUGCCCUCUAUUACAUCCUAAAAGAUGAAUUUGUGACUUAUCUGUAU